AUGGCCAGCACAACUGUCAUCAACGCAAACGCGACAUCAAAGCACCAGGCCUCAACUGCCGCGCCAAUUGAGCCACUGAAGAACGAUACCGCGCGUCUAUAUACGCACAUUCACCCCAUCCUCGUUCUAUCCGUCUACGCGCUCAAAUUCCCCGCUCUGGUUGCAGACCCCGUGCCCACGCUGCUAAGCACCCUCGCACCGCUCGCUGUGCUGCAAAUAGCCUUUGUAGCCGUAUGCCUCCCACCUACUGGAGGCACGCCUUCGAUGCGGAAACAGAAGCCGGGUGAGAAGAAGGGAAAGGCACCGACGAAGCUGGAACAAGGGUUGAACUCGAAGAUUGUGCCGGCUUUCUUGUCUCUCCUCCUAUCCGCACUCGCCGCAACACCGCUUCUCACGGCCAUUCUCGUCCUCUUUGGUGCACCCGUGUCUACACACCAUGCACACACACUGCUCUGUGGUGCCCAUGUGGCGCUCUUGAGCACGCUACCUCUGAUUUACGUACACGGUGUCGACGGUGAUACAUGGAGACAGAUUAUUGCGCUGCUCCUGCCGAUAGAUGAGGUCUAUGGAGGGCUGAUUGGCACGGUUCUUGGUGCUUGGAUAGGCGCUGUACCUAUUCCCUUGGACUGGGACCGCGAAUGGCAGAAGUGGCCAGUUACCAUUGUUACGGGCGCUUAUAUUGGAUACGCAGUUGGCAAGCUGCUAGGAGGCACACUGUUGAAGGGCAAGAAGAUCAUGUUUGAUUAG